AAACAUUUUACCCAAUUUUGGAUGGACCUAUUCUGUCAAUUAAAAGAUGAUGGAUACUUUGAUGGAUCAUUUGUUGAUAAAAACUUGAUCAGAUAUUGUUUUAUGGGAAAAAUUCAAAAAGAACUUAAUGAAAUGGCACUAGAGUGGAAUGUACACAGAAUUAGAAAAUCUAGAAAUAGCAUCUGUUGUUAUGGAAGACCUAUAACAAUGUUUGAAGCACCUGAAGAAUUUAAUACAACUGACUUUAUACACAUUGUUCAAGAAAAUGAGUUACAACUAUGUAAAAAUGAACUUAAUGAUUUAACAAAUGUAACAUGUGAUCCAACUAUUAAUGAACUAUGCUGUAUUAUACUAGCAGAAGAAAUGAUUUUUAUUCCUGAUGAAUCUUAUAGUAUAAUUGAUGUUUAUAUUAUGUUAAGAAAUAAAUUGAAAGAUAUCUUAGAGUAGAUGAUAUUGAAUAUAUUCUUUACAUAAUUUUAAUUUUAUUCCUAAUUAGUUAAUAGGUAAUAUAAAUGUUUGUAUUUUAUCUGGUAACAAUAAACCAAUACCACUUACAAGUCAUAGUAGAAGAUUAAUGGAAGUAUAGCCAUAAAAAAAAUUAAAUUAUUUAUAUAACAUAGUUAAUGAUUAAGUUUAUUUAUUACUAUAAAACUAUUUUUCUCAAUUAAAUAUUGCAAUUAUUUGAAAUUUGAUUAUUUACGACUCAUGUGUAUACAAACCAAUAUUCUGUGUAUAAGACAGCCAUUUUCUACAGGAAAUUUUUUGGUAUAUAGUUUUUCUGAAAAUGUUGACGAAACAAAAUUAAAAUUUUUACGAGUCGGUUUUGAGUUAUUAAACUUAGUAUACUAAGGAUUGCGAAAGAUAUAGGGACUAUAAAGAGUUAAAAAUUUAAAUUAAUUUAUUAAAAUCUUUAACUAGUAAAAGGAUCUGUUGUUCCUAUUUAAGGAUUAAACCAAUUGCUGUAAUGGAAUAUGUAUUGGGCUAGUUCCAAUGUAUAAUAAUAAUAAUAAAUAAAUAAAUAAAUAAUA